AUGGCGUCCAUUCCGAACCAUGCAAAGCAUGUAAGGUUUCUCGAACGGCAUUUGUCCCUACUGCCAGGCAGUCAACAAGAACAUGAUGUUAAUAAGAUGGCAGUAGUAUUCUACUCUUUUACGGGAUUAAUGGCUCUUGGAAUAGACGUUGCUGAGAAGUAUAGAUCAAGUUUGGAUUGGAUACAUCGCCACUACAUCACUAUAAAGCUGCCGGGAUGGCAACAGACAAUAUCAGGCUUCACAGGCAGCUUGUCUGUACAAAUCCCAGGAGUCAAUACUGUGAGCCUUCCGAAUACCCUCUUUGCCCUACUAGUCCUCAAGCUGAUGAAAGAUGAGACCUUUUGGGAUAACCACCUAGACAGGCAGAACAUCAUGACUUUUGUAGCGAAAUGCCAAAGUCCUGAGAAUGGAUCCUUCUCGUCAACAUUAGACUACAAGAACUUGAAACCUUCGCCGGUGGAUCCGAAAGACUUAAGAUUUUGCUAUAUUGCUAUUUCUAUCCUGUAUUUGCUUGGAUGCAGGAAUCAUAAUGAGUUCGCUAGGCAUAUUAACCUCGACAAGCUCCUGAAUUAUAUCCUGUCGCAGCAAUGCGAGAUGGGCGGAUUCGGAUCAUACAACGAAGCUCAUGCAGGUUACACGUCUUGUGCCUUAUCGGCUCUCUAUUUGCUUGGCAAGCUUGAUCAGCUAAGUGAUGAAUUCAAAGAGAGGACUAUUUCAUGGUUGUGCCAACGACAAGUAUCUAGAGAAGGUUGUAUGAGCUUGCUAGAGCCGAAUGCGAAUUACGAUCACGACGACCAUGGUGGUUUCCAGGGAAGAGAGAAUAAAUUCGCCGACACCUGUUACGUAUUUUGGUGUCUUAACUCACUUCGGAUAUUGGGAACACAAGGUUGCGAGCUCCCGGCUCGACUUGACCUAGCGGAACAGUUUCUCUUGCAUAGAACACAAAAUACGCUAAUUGGAGGUUUCAGCAAGAAUGACCAGGAUGAUCCCGACCUAUAUCACACAUGUCUCGGGAUCGCUGCCUUAAAAUUGAUCGAAGGUUCUUUUGAUGGUGUUCUUUUCAUGCCCAAGAAUGAUGCCGGACUUUGCUAG